AUGUCUGAUGAUGAGGAUGAACCCUUCACGGCAGAUGCCCGGACUUGUCUCUUCACGUCGGCGGCCAACAGACGGAAGAAAGCCCUCAAGUAUUUCAACCGCUUCCUCGAAGGGUACUGUGUCCAAAUUGGAAUCGAUGUUGUUGAAGCCGAUGCAAUUCCCUAUCGCGGUAUCCCUCGCACGACAUCCACCAAGGCCGUCUUUAAAUUCUGGGAUGACAUAUUUGCAAACUUCAUCUACUACAUGGGCAACAAGACAGACCUCGCUAAAAGCAGCGCGGAACAGUACUGCUCUGGAGUGAAAACUGUUGUGCUGGUGCACUGGUUUAUAAGUAGUCGGACGAGAACUUAA